UGGCAGUAAUCUUGUCUCUUCACAACUCUUCUUUGCACCUUUCCUCACUUCUUCCUUAAUUUUUCUCUCUGUUUCCUUGCAUUUCACAGCAAGCGUGCCGUUUUACGUCAAAGCGCGGUGCUAAUGGGGGCUUCGGGUGGUGGUAAUGACUUUGCAUACUCGGGGAUGGCGGUGGCUUUUUCACGACAUCAAUGAGGUUGAAGGGACGAAAAGAAACACACGACGCACACAUUUCACGCUUUCAUUGCUUCACUUCUUUAUCUGGGUUGUUUUACCCAUGGCUACUCACUGUUGGAUUGCUUUCACUUUAUUCUCUUCUCUGCUUUACCUUUUGCUCAGGAUAGUUCUUGCGGACUUGACUUAUCCUUUUUCUUUCCAUGAGCUCACUUUUCUGUAAUCGUUCUUAUACCCAAAUUCUCUUCACUUUUGUUUCUGUAAUCAAACCCUUUUUCUUCACUACAAGCUUCUUUA